UUCUGACAGCACCCUCGUAUCACAAUGUGCCCACCAAUCACGGCGUUUUCAAAAGUAUCACAAUGUGGUUGCGGUGUGGGGUUUUAAACGAAUGUUUUUGAAAAUUUCUUCUAGUCUGUUUGUGUAGUUAUGUUUUUGCAACUUACCAGAUUAAAAUAGCUACGUUGUGUCGAUGCAUAACUGCAUCCAAAUGGCUUUGAAAGAAGAUUCUCUUUGUUUGGAAGAUCACAGAAGUCUUUUCGGACAUUGUCUGUCUUUCGAGGCAGAGGAUUCUUUUCAGAGAAAGAAGGAUGUGGAAACAACUACUAAAACCCCUGUUCCUCCCAAAACACCUGUGAAAUUUUCUCCUUGGUUCAGAGUGGAAAGAGAGGCUUCGCUGGUCACUUUCAAGCAAGACCGAACAAAAACUGUUCCAUUAAGCCGAUUAUAUGACAGACGGCGCAAAGAAAAUUAUUUGGAACAAGUGUUCAAAGAUGUUAAACAGGUUGGAGAAGGUCACUUUGGGAAAGUUUAUAAGGUCUUAAGUAGAGAAGACAACAAAAUUUAUGCUGUGAAAGUAUCCAAGGAAAUUUUUCACAAUGAAGCUGAAAGGCUGAAGAGGUCCGAAGAAGUGCGUAAACAUGAAAUGAUCCCAAUGCAUCCAAAUUGUGUCAGGUUAUUCAAUGCUUGGGAAGAACAGGGAAAACUUUAUUUAUGGUUGGAGUUUUGUGAUACAUCACUGGAAGCUUAUGCGGAAAAAAACCAUGAUAUAGGCGAAUGGAAAGUUUGGGAGAUACUGCUUGAUCUUUUGCUGGGUCUUAAAAACUUGCAUGACAAUAGAUUGGUUCAUGUAGAUGUCAAGCUAGAAAACAUAUUAAUGACAUCAGAUGGAGUCUGCAAGCUUGCUGACUUUGGCCUGCUUGUUGACAUGUCCCAAGAUGCGCAACCACCAAAAAAUGUUGUGGAAGGAGAUGGCCGUUAUCUUGCACCUGAACUUCUUGAAGGAGGACCAUGUACACCUGCGGUUGAUGUAUUUAGCUUAGGACUGUGUAUCUUAGAGUUAGCUGCUGAUAUUGUGAUGCCUAAUGGAGGAGAUGAUUGGCAAAGCUUAAGGCGGGGUGAAAUACCUCUGCAGAAAACAACACAUCUGUCAGAGGAACUGAAAAGUGUUAUUGUAAAAAUGAUUACACCUAAUCAUUUAGAAAGACCCAAUGUAGAUACACUUUUGGGUCAACCAAGACUGCAGAAAAUGUGGGGGGAACGUCGUGAGAAAAACUCCGCUUUAAAUAUAAAAGCACCGCAUAUGGCCUUGACUGGCUUUAUGGCCAUCUUCAACUUGCUGAUCUUCCUCUUGUCUGUGCCGCUGAAGAUAACUGAGGUUCUUCGGAAAAAAUGUGGACGUCCUGGCCGAGUUCUUCGGCGUCCCGUCGUUUCUUCCCUGUUCCCCUCCAAAGCGCUGAUGAGGAGGCGAUUAAUGAAUGGAUCCGGUCCUGCCCAGCCCCCUCCUAAAACUUGCAACAUGCAGUUUUCUGAUGAUGAAUUGGAAGUUGCUACCAUGUUAACUGACGGCAAGCUUGACAUACUGGCAAGCUCUACACCUUUUAAACCACCUACACCAACAAGAUCAAGAAAUGUUGCAAAUUCUCUAACCAGUCAACGCACUCUCAACUUUGCAUUGAAUGAUUCUGGAUCCAGUUCUCCAUCAAGCACACCCCCAGCUUCACCAACAUCAAGAUUUUUCUCUCAACUCCGCCCUACAAGUCCCUUGAAUUCUGUUGGUGAAAAUCCCCCUGCCUCUCCUGUAUCAAUGGACGAAAGUCCUUGUGCUUCACCUGACUUCAGUUUAUUACAUCAUUCAAAUAGUGCUAAAGAGAGUGUGAUGAAAAUUAAUAAUUCAGGUAAUCUAGACAUAUCUGGACGCUCUUCCUUGGAUAGGUCUGUGCCAGUGAUUGGGAGAUUAGGAAGGAACCUCCUAAACUCCUUCAAUUCAUCUGAGGACGACUCUGAUGAUGAGAAAGCUCAAAGCAAGAAAGGAAAGAAAAGAAAGGAGAAAAAGAGCAGAUAAUUUGCUGAAGAUUUUACCAAUCAAUCAUUUUGGACUGUUAAUGUUAAGUUUAAUUAACUUUUUUUCCUUACCUAAAUUUUUGUUAAAUUUAUUAAUUUUUUUCUUUAAGAUUUCUAUUAAAUUAGCAAAGACUUUUGUUCGGGCUUUAAGUGUCAGUGAUGAAACCUUGAAAUCUUCUGUCAUUUGUCUCGUGCAUUUUUGUUUUUCCUUUUCUUUCUCUUUUUUGGACACCUUAUUAUAUUGUGUUUGUGGCCUUUUUUGUCUGCAGAGUAUAUCAAAUUGCAUGUUAAAUAGAAUUUUUUUUGAUUAAAUUUUAUGUACAUCCACCAUUUGUAUAUCUAUCUGCUUUAAAUAACAUUUAUGUGCUUGUAUGUUGUAUAAUAUUUUUCUGUUGAAUUGUUUUUACAUGUUGGAAAUAAUUAUCAGGGCCUUCUGGCUAUCUUGCCUUUUGAUCAUGGUUACAAGAUCAAAAGCAGUUUAGGUUUUCAGUUGUAUUUCUGUCACAUAUUAUGUAUGGUAUCCCUGUCAUGUUUACUGCUGUUCAUUAAUUCUUGUGCCACAGGGUAUAAUUUGUGUACAUAUUCUUUGUAAACUGUAUGUUUUAAAUUUGUAUCCCAUCUCAUAAUUAAAUGAGAUGUUUGGAAAGUGAUUGCUUUAUCUGCAGCAAUCGUGAUAACUAACUGUUCGGCUGUGAUGGUCCUCUGGUUGGCACUGAAGGCCAAACCUAUACUUGGCCAGAUUUGAAAAACUGUACAUUUAUCCCUGUCCUAUUCUGUUGAUUCUGUUGAUCUUGUCCUGUUCUGUUGAUUGCACAAUAGGUUUAGAUGUAUAUGGUUAAUCAAUGUUUUGGAGUCUUGCACAAUUUUAGCACGAAAUUCAUCAUCUUGACAAUGUCAUAUCUGCACCAACAGUCAGCACUGUUAGCAAUUAUCAGUUGUGAAUCUCUGUGUUGCCACUAGUCAUGUGUAGUUUGAGCCUGUUUAUAUUGUAAGCUGAACAAUUAAAAAGAAACUAAAAUAAACCUGGCCUGUUGAUAGGUUGUUUAGUCAGAUUUGUGUGAAGACUUCAGGUUAUUGGCCAACCAGUAUUUGUAAUUUUGUAUGUUUUGUAUUAUUUCAUUCUGUACUAGACUGUAAAAUGUACAUAUGUAUACAUGUGCUGUAGAGUUGUUGAUUUGAAAUUUUUUAUUGUUUUUGAGGAGUGAUUGGAUCGCAUUUUGCAGCCUUAUUAUCUGUGGGCUAGCACUUUGCUGAUAGAGGGGAGAAGGCCUGGUUAACAGGAACCACAAUUUACCUUUGUCAUACCAUCUAAUUGGUUUAACAAAGUAGCUAUAUCCUUCUUUUACUUUCAGUUUAAAAAUACUGAAUUGACUUAAAGAAGGCGAAGUUGGGCCCUCAGAAUGGAUUUUAUGAAUAAAAACAAGGGUUUUGGACAGCAUUUACUGAUUCCCCAUUUAUCAAAAGUCUCUUAUGAUGUGUCUAACUUGUUGAGCCUUUUACAUACAUUGUUUUCAUCAGAAUGAAUCAAAUUUUUUGUCACCCUGGUUUUUAUUUUGUUUUGCAAGGUAAUUCUUUUACCUUUCAUCAUUCAUCAUUUAAUUUUUACAACAAUCACAGCUAACAUUUAUGAAAUGUAUGAAGGUUGAUCUCAUUAAAAAUCAGUUGCUACACUA